GUAUUUUUUAAAAAAAUAUUAGUGUCAUUUCUUUGGGUACCAUUUAUAUAAAUAAGCAUCGGAAGUCCAAACAAAGUACCAAAUCAAUAGGGAUUGAGAAACGAUCGGAGCCCUAGAUACAAGGCCAGAGAAUGUCAAGAAUCGAUAUCCGGGAAGAGCAACCACCGCCGACAUCCUCCGCCGGCGGCGAGGGAUUCAGCAGCGAAAACAAAGAACACGACGUCACUUUGAGGCUCAUGGAUCUCUCGGACGCGGAGGAAUACAUGGAGUGCUUAUCGGACGAGAAGGCGAGCCAGUUCUGCUCCUGGGACGCCUACAGAUCCAAGGAAUCGGUGGAGGAAUACAUCCUCGACAGAGUGCUCCGGCAUCCCUGGUACCGGGGGAUCUGCGUGGACGGGAAGAUCGCCGGCUCAAUCUCGGUCCAGCCGUAUCGCGGGGACGACAGGUGCAGGGCCGAGAUCGGGUAUGCCCUGGCGUCGAAGUACUGGGGGAAGGGGAUCGGGACGAAGGCGGUGAAGAUGGCGGCGGCGUCGGUGUUCGUGGAGUGGCCGGAGCUGGAGCGGCUGCAGGCGGUGGUGGACGUCGAGAACCCGGGAUCUCAGAGGGUGUUGGAGAAGGCCGGGUUCACAAGGGAAGGGGUUUUGAGGAGGUAUUAUCUUCUCAAGGGGAAGCCCAGAGACGCUUUCAUGUUUAGCCUCGUUUCUACUGAUCCUCCUGUUACACUUUUUAUAUGACAUUAUGCAUUACACUACCUCUCUCUAUCAAUUUGAUUUUUUCGAUUCAAAUCCGAAGAAUUUAUAUUCUUCGGUCCAAGAUUUCACGAAGAAUUUAUAUUCUUAAUUUAAUAACAAGUGUAAAGUAUA